GCACAGCGGUCCAUAAACAACGUAGGAGUAACGUUAUAAAUGUAUCCAAAUUCACGAAUGUAAUGUAUAAUGAACUGUGAUUUAGCGACUGGUAUACAUGUACAAAUGAUUGAGUAGUUAUUUAUGAUGCAAAAUAAUUUGUAGUUCACUCACACGGCCGUAGCCUGCAAACCGGCUGCAAUAUUAAACGGGCCCAUAGUAUAAGCAAUUCUGGAACGUACGCAAAAUUCACGCAUUCUACGUUUCUCGACUGUUUACUAGCAGUCCUCAGCGAUUUGGAAACUGCCUGAAACGGUUGUUUUUUAUUAACAAAAUGACUAAGCUGAAGCUUUUAAAUUUGUUUUUAACCGAGCGGUUAGCUGCAGCUGCUAAAGAAAUAUUCAUAGAAGUGGAAAAUACUUUAAUCGAAUACCAGGAGGAAAUCAUUCGUUCAAAGGCAGAGAAUGACCGUCUUCGCGGUCUGCUGGACAUCGCUUUCCAGUGUACGCAAGCCCAACAGCCCGUGACAUUUACUGACUCAGAGGAGGUUUCUCGUAAGCAUCAGCAGCACUGUGAACAAGAGUGGAGCCUCGGUCUGGGCCAACAGGACCCAGAGUCCACACAUACAGAAUCCAUAUUCACGCCUUCCUGUGAAAAAAUGUACCGUGAUCAGGACUUGCCACAGCCAGGACAUCUUUACCAAAUUCAAACUGUGGAGAUCAGAGAGGGAGACUCUCUGCCUUUACCCGCCAACACAGCUAAAGUGAUUAAAUCAGAACCUGAAAGAGAGGGCUUUGAAAUAUCAAAUCCAACCAGUCCACAACCCUAUGCUAUGAAUCUGAAUGCUGAAUCUCAGAGUAAAAACGAUAUAUAUUUCAAUGAGAUAGCCAGUGAUGGACUACCCUCUGAGUUUGAGGUCCCACAGCCAAAUUGUCCCAGAAGUUCCAGGAGAGGACAAAGAAAAUCCACUGCAAAGACUGUGAAGAAGAACCCAGAUGUGAAGCCAUACCAGUGUAACGUCUGUGGGAAAAGUUUUCAACACAUGUCCAAACUUAGAUCACAUUUAAGGGUACACACUGGGGAGAGGCCAUUCAGCUGUCCCGAGUGUGGGAAAUGUUUCAGCCAGUCUGGUGAAGUAAAUAGACACCUUAAAACUCACAAUCGGCACAGGGCCUAUUUAUCCGGCUUAUAAUGAACACGUGCCACCUUCUCUUGUGUUUUACUAUUAAUAAUAAAGCCGUUUUUGGUUUGAAAACCUGAGUUUUUUGCCUUUCAUUUAUCGGAGGUGUGAGAUAUGCCUACCGCUCCACUCUGUCAAUGAGACAUUGCUAUUAGUCACAAUCCCAGCUAAGGACAACUGCCAACAUCCCAGGAUAGAUUUUGUUCAGAAUGUGGCAGAUAUGGCCAUUGGAACAAGAGGUAAAAAGUAACUUAUUGUGUCCAUCCCUAAUUCAUAACCAAAAUAUAUUGAAAACAGUGCCCUGUAGGCAGUUGGUUGAGCAUGUUACUGCUAAGGCCAGUCUUGAGAGAUCAAUUCCCACUGAGUACCGGUAUGGAAAUGUAUGCAGUUACUAGUGGAAGUUGCACUGGAAAAGGGCGUCCACUAAAUUACUUGCAUGUAAAUAUAAUGUUGUGUUUGUCCUGUGGCAGUUGUAAUGGAAUUAACCCAAAAUGAGUCAAAUUGCAAUCCAGUCAUUUACCGAUGUACAGAUGAAUAAAAUCCAUUCAGAUAAUAUAUUUUG